AUGACCGCCUCAGCCUCCCUCCCCCCACCAGACGGCGUCUUCGUCCCCGUCCCAACAUUCUUCAAGCCCUCCUCACCAUCCACAAUCCAAGCCCCCAUCGACGUCGAGACCCAAACAAAGCACAGCAUCCACCUCGCCAAAAACGGAAUUCGAGGUCUCGUUCUCCUGGGCAGUACAGGCGAAGCCAUCCAUCUAUCUCGAACAGAGCGCUUCGAUUUGAUUUCUGGCGUUCGCAAGGGACUUACAGAAGCGGGGUUCCCAGAUUACCCCAUUAUUGCAGGCGUUCUGAUCAAUUCCGUCGAAGAGGCGCUGGAAUGGCUGGAAGAUGCGAAGAAAGCCGGUGCGCAGUGGGGACUUGUGCUUGCUCCUGGGUAUUUCGGGGGAGCUGCGAAUCAGGAGAAUUUGAGAGAGUGGUAUACGCUCGUUGCUGACAAGAGCCCGAUUCCAAUUAUGAUAUAUAACUAUCCUGGUGUAACCAACAACAUCACAGUCAGCUUGGAAACAUACACCAAGCUUGCUGCUCACCCAAAUAUCGUCGGUUGCAAAAUGUCACAUGGCAAUGUCUCCCACCACUUGCAAGUAUCACUAGAUCCUGAGAUCGAUCACAGCAAAUUCCGUGUUUACAGUGGCUUCGGGCAGCAACUCGGACCAAUCGUAUUCUUUGGAGCCGCGGGUGUCAUCGACGGCCUCGCAGCUAUCUAUCCCGGCACGGUAGCGCACCUUUUCGAACUCGCAGCAAAACGUCCAAUCGAGCCUGAAACCCUGUUGGAAAUUCAAAGACUGCAAUUUGCGGUCAGUCGAGCGGAGGAGUUCGUUGGAAAGUGGGGUAUUGUUGGUAUCAAGGAGGCUGUCUAUCGUGUGCUAGGUAUGGGUACUUUGGAAGGUGGGAGAUUACCUUUGAAAGGAAGCUUGCCAAAGGGAGAGUGGGACUCUUGGAACGUGGCUACCAAUGCUAUGAGUACUCUUGAGGCGAAGCUAGGUAAAUAG